GCAUCUGCUGGAGCUCAUGGACAUUCACAGGCGCGUGGCAUGCUUCUGAUACGCUAUGAUGACUGUUUGCGAUGAACCACGGGCCAUGGGCCAUGUCGGAGGGUGGUAGGCUGCGCCACCGCGGACGCAGGUGCAGGGUGUGUUACAUGAAGGCAUUGUGCCGAGGCGGAGAUGCGGAGCGGACUGGAUUUCGAAACGGAGGCGCGGCGAAGGGAGGCGCAAGGCGCGGAGGCGGAGGGCGUGAGAAUGUACGGGCCCUUUUAGGAAUUACAGUGUGAGAGGGCCGGGGCCGAGUCCAUGGCUAAUGACCAAUGUCCCAAGUCUAGAUAUCGCUGCGUAGGC